AUGGACCAGGCCUGGACUCAUUUGAGUUUGGCGUUUCUUAAAUUCAAUGAGCAGGAUAAUUCAUUUCUUGUAUCAAUUUCAGACUCAAAUAACUCCAUAUUAGCAAUCAUAACAAGAGAUUGUAUAAACACAUUUGAAACCAAUCAAUCAUGUAGAAUAACAAAACAUACAACAGAUACAUUAGUGCUAAUAAGGAAAACUAAAUUAAAAUGGAUGAACAAAUUUCAAUAUAAGAAUCUGAUAAAAGGUUUAGAUCUACGGUAUGGAGAUUUGAAAAAUUAUUCAAUCGUAGAGAUUAAUGAGCUGGAGAUAUUUGAUGCUGAUCAAACCCAAGUAUUGGUUAAAUUAGAACCUGUAUAUUUGACAGAAGAAUAUAAAAAUGCCGUAAGGCCUUAUAAAGCGCAAAAGGAUGAAUUACAAUGUUUAUGA